GAAGAGGAAGAGAUGCCGAUAGAAAUGCCAAAAGGAUUACCAUUUUCUGUCGAUACAUGGCGGACUCCUUCUUCUUCUUCGAAAAAUCAUUACUUUCUAACACACGCACACAAAGAUCACUUACAAGGGAUUUCAACCCCUUCAACAAAUCACUCUUCUUCUUUUUGUUUUUCCAAAAUUAACAUUUACGCCACGCGUCUCACCAAAUCCUUAACCCUUCUUUAUUACCCACAUGUCAACGAAUCAUUGUUUGUGGAAAUUGAGGUUGGUGAAACCAUUCUUGUCGAUGAUGAUGAUCUGGCAUCUGGAAAGUUUAAGGUUACAGCUUUUGAUGCUAAUCAUUGUCCUGGUGCGGUCAUGUUUCUGUUUGAAGGCACCUUUGGUAACAUCCUGCACACAGGAGACUGCAGACUUACACCUGAGUGUUUGCAAAAAUUACCUGAGAAAUAUAUAGGCACGACAUCCAAAGAACCAAAGUGUCGACUUGAUUAUGUCUUUUUAGACUGCACAUUUGGGGCAUUUUCUUCAAAACUACCAAGCAAACAUGAUGCAGUUCGGCAGGUAAUUGAUUGCAUAUGGAAGCAUCCAGAUGCUCGUGCGGUGUACCUGACAUGUGAUCUCCUUGGUCAGGAAGAAAUACUUGUUAGUGUGAGUGACACGUUUGGCUCAAAAAUCUAUAUAGAUAAAGAAAACAACCCCGAAUGUUUCCAGUCUCUAUCGUUGACCGUACCUAGUAUACUUUCACAAGAUCCUACUUCAAGAUUCCAUAUUUUUGAUGGUUUUCCAAGAAUUACUGAAAGAGCAGAAAGAAAACUAGCACAAGCCCGGGCAAAUUUUCAGCCUGAACCGCUUAUAAUACGUCCAUCAACCCAGUGGUACGUCUUUGAGGAUGUUUCAUUGGAUUCCGAAAAACUGAAAAAAAGUCGGUUUAAAGAAGCAAUGAGGGAUAAGUCUGGUAUUUGGCAUGUUUGCUAUUCUAUGCAUUCCUCUAGAGAUGAACUUGAGUGGGCCCUACGGUUGCUUGCACCUAGAUGGGUGGUGUCGACCACCCCCGAGUUUAGAGCCAUGGAUCUUAGUUAUGUUAAAAGGCACUGCUCGUAUCGUAAUUUAUCAAUGGAUGACCCUCUAUGGAAGCUUCUAGACAUUGAUCUCGGGUCUCCAUUAGUCAUUGAAGACUUGCAGGAGGAUAUUUCCAUUUCAAGGUCUCAGUUGGAUUCAUCACAAGCAUUUGUUAACAAGGAAGAAAUCUUGACCGUGCCUUCUGAAGUCAAAGUGUCAACUGUGACAUUGUUUGGGAGAGCAAGGCUUGGACUCCAUAACUCCACUAUCACUUAUGAAGAUUUAGUCAAACCUAAAACUACAUUUCAGAAGGAAAAUGUUGAAGUUCAGAAGAAACAUGAAAUGGGUAUGGAUCGGGCUGUUUCCGAAGACCAACUUGCUGAUUCACAGUCAAAGUCAAAGGAGCUAAUGGUGAAAGUAGUCAAACGCACCACUGCUUGUUCACCAACUAGAUCGUCUAACGGAGUUGGUGAAAACAUAAGAAAGUUAUAUAGAAGUAUGCAUAUACCAGUGCCGAGGCCACUUCCUUCUUUGGUGGCUUUAUUGAAUGAUAGAAAGAAGCGUGCCAGAACUAGGGUCUGACAGAAAGGUCAGUACAUUAUGUGCAAGUAUUUGCUUAAUUUCAUGCAUUAGCCAACGAACGAAUACGGUGAGAUAUUUUUCCAGAAGUUGAAUGAAAGUCUAACUAUUGAGUGCAUAGUAUGGUCCAUCCAAUUGAUGCUUAUUCCUUGAAGCAAUGGAUUCUGAUUGCAAUAAACAAUAUCUUGUAAAUAAUUCAGCAAGCAAACAGGGCUUCUAGCCCAUAACGUUCAUGGGGUGAUAAACAAUUACCUUUAUUAGCAUAUCUGUUGGCAGCCUAGAUGGUCCAGUUGGGACCCCAAUCCUUGUAUCUAAAACACAGGUUAAGAAAUGAACGUGUAAAUCGUUUGUGACAUUACAAUGCGAUACAAAGCAUUAUUAUUAUCUGUUUUUUGGAUUUUUAA